CUGAUGGGCAUCCCUGGGCUGCAGCACCUGCACCACUGGAUCUCCAUCCCCUUCUGUAUCAUGUACAUCAUCACUUUGACUGGGAACAGCAGCCUCCUGUGGGUGAUAAAGGCUGAAUCCAGCCUGCAUCUGCCCAUGUUCCUCUUCCUGUCCAUGCUGGCUGUCAUUGACCUGGUGAUGUCCACCUCCAUCACCCCCAACAUGCUGGGCAUCUUUUGGUUUCACUCCACUGCCAUCAGCCUGGAUGCUUGCCUCACGCAGAUGUACUUUGUUCAUGCUUUCUCUGCGAUGGAGUCGGGGGUGCUGGUGGCUAUGGCCUUUGACCGCUACGUGGCCGUAUGCAACCCACUGCGGUAUACGUCCAUCCUGACCAGACCCGUCGUGGCUACAUUUGGCUUUGCUGCCUGGCUCAGAGCUGUGGUUUUCAUGAGCCCCCUCACCUUCCACAUUCGCCGCCUGCCUUUCUGUGGUCCGGCAGUCGUGGCCCAUUCGUACUGCGAGCACAUGGCCGUGCUCAAACUGGCCUGUGCUGACACUGCCUUCUGCAACACCUACAGCCUCUCCAUCUCCACCUACGUGGUUGGCUUUGACUCUCUGCUCAUAGCACUCUCAUAUGCGCUCAUCCUCCGAACCGUGCUCAGCCUCUCCUUCCCAGAAGCCCACAAAAAGGUCUUCAGCACCUGUGGCUCACACCUUUGCAUCAUGGCCCUCUUCUACAUCCCCGGGCUGCUCUCCAUGUACGUGGAGAGGUACUGCCAGGAGCUCCCGCCCCAUGUGCAGGUCCUACUGGCUGAUCUCUACCUCCUUGUUCCUCCAGCAUUCAACCCCCUGAUCUACGGCAUCAAGACAAAGCAGAUUCGUGAUGGAGCACUCAGAGUGAUCUUCCGAAGGAGACUGUGA